AUGGUGGGGACUGCGAGUUUCAAGAAGGUCGCCCACUUCUUGCGCCCGUGGCAUUGGGGCAGCAUUGCAGUCAUUUCUUUGAGUGCUGCAUGUGUGCUUCUUCGACGGAACCCUAAGCCAAUGUCAGCCAGAGUGGAAGGUUGGCGCCUGUCAAGAAGUGAGUUGAGGGAGGUGCUGAAGAAGUAUGAAAAGUUGGUAGCGAAGGACGCCCGUGCCUUACAGCACAGCAGCACCGCGCGGCUCCUCGGCGCCGAGCGCUACCAGCGACGCACCGCGGCGAUGCGCCACGCCGCCGAGACGAAUCAACGCUUGGUCGAGCAGCUCCUCGACGACCUGCCCGAUGACUCCUGUGACCGAACGGCGCUCGUCAGCGAGAACCGUUCGGAGGUUUGCACACCGCCUGCAAGGCCAGUGGCAGAGUUCCGUAGCUUGGGCAACAGUCUUGCCACCGUGUCCCGCGCGUACGGCACGUUACAAUCGGUGUUUGCCCACCUGAUGCGUGAUUGGAGUGGCAUUAGCGAGCAGACGGUGAUCUCAAACCAGUAUGGCCAGCUGCUGGAAGAGGUGAAGCCACAUCUUCCACGUGGAAGCCACGUUUUGGUGCCCGGUGCUGGUUUGGGACGCCUGGCGCUGAUGUUGGCGGGAGAAGGCUUUCAGGUGGAGGCCAAUGACGCCUCUGCGCUCUUCAUGACUUUUGCCGAUUAUAUUUUGAACCGGGCCCCACUGGCAACGCCGUUCUUUCCACUGGCCCAUGCCUUCUGGGAGAACUGGGGCCUGGAGCAGCAAUACACCGAACUCACCGUGCCCAACGUGUCUCCACGCAGCGUGGCGAACUCCAGCGGUCCCGUGGAGGGGUCCCAAGCGCCGGUGGUGGUGGUCCCGGGCGAUUUUCUCAGAACUUACCAGACUGGUGGGCCUGGCUUCAGACAAUUCGAUGCGGUGGUCACCUGCUUCUUUAUUGAUAUGUCCAAAGAUGUGGAGGAGCUCUUUGGGGUGUUGGACAGCUUGCUGGAUGUAGGAGGUCUUUGGGUGAACUUGGGCCCUCUCAACUGGAAGAGAGAUUCCAAAUUGAAACUGACUUGGGAAGAGAUUGUUGCAAUCUGGCAGCUGAAAGGCUAUGAAUUCCUUGCACAAAAACGUGUGGAUACUGACUACCAUAUUCCUCGCGGCAAGAAGAUGUACACUGAAUCACGCACAGUGUCAUUGAGUGUGGCAGUCAAGCGAUCCAAGCAAUGA